UGCAGCAGGAGGCAGCUGCAGCAGCAGCAAAAGCUGCGGCAGCUAUUGCUGAUGCAGCAGCAGCAGCAGUAGCAGCAGCAGCAACCCGACCCAACGAAUGGGCUCACCUGGACCUCCAAGCAGCGGAAGCAGCUGCAGCUGCAGCAGCAGCAGCGGCAGCAGCAAAACGCGCUGCUGCUGACUUCGAUAGCGUGGCUGCGCUGCAGAGCCCGCCACCGCGAGUAUUUGCAGCAACUGCAACAGCAGCUUCACCAGCGCCAGCAGCAACAGCAACAGCAGCAGCAGCAGCAGCAGCAGCAGCAAAACCACUUAGAGUUUCAUCUCUCCCUACGAGCCGCUUGUCUCGUGUGUUUCACUUUGGUUCGCUGCUGCUGCAGCUCAGCAGCAGGUUGACUUGGAGGGCUUUGCUGCAGAAGUUUAGAUACCGCAGCAGCAGCAGCAGAACUGCUGCUGCUGCUGGUGACGACCUCGCCGCAGGACUCUCUGCGGAUGCCGCAGCAGCAGCGCGCCUCCUCAGCACUCUGCAGCAGCAGCAGCAGCAGCAGGACCCGCAAGAGCAGCAGCAGCAGCAGCAGCAGCAGCAGAUGUUGAUGGAUGAGACCACUGCGGCGCUGCUAACGAAUAAAAUUUGCCAAAUGAGAGGAGCAGCUCUGAAGUGCCUCCAGAUGCUAAGCACUGCUGGAGAUUUGCUGCCAGCGCCUCUCAUCGACGCGCUGCAGCGCUCGCGAGAUGGAGCCGAUGCGAUGCCGCCGGGGGAAGCAGAGAAGGUACGAUAUUUGCAGCAGCAGAAGUAG